AUGGAGGGAAUAAAUGCAGCCGAGCAUGUCCUUAACCUCUUUCUAGACAACAAAUUCCAGGAAGCGAAAGAGACUGCCAAGUCAAUGAUUGAACAGAGCAUUUACCAUGCGGUCUCCUAUGGCACAAUGCUUCACCUCCAGGCUGCAGCAACACUCGAGGCGGUCGACUUGAAGGAGGCAACGGAUUAUAUUCGGCACGCUUUGAAGCUUUGCAACAAAUACCGCCGGCGAGUGACCAUAACAGAAACCUUUACGAAGUCCACCGUAAAGCAGAAGGCAGCUUUCUACGCAGCUUACACCGAAGACCAGGCUCAUGCUGAACUCUGUUACGCGGAGAGUCUUCUACAACUUGUAUUCCUGAUGGUUCUCCAGGAUGAGAAAUUAACAACCCUUAUUCGAAGCUCAAUUAAACUUCGCGAGUGUUACCGCUGCUACAGGACAUGCUGGAAAAUCCACACGAACAAGGACUGGGGCAACAGUCCAUCCCGUGCCGCCUUUGACUGCGGUGUGCACAUGGGAGUGGGCGCCUUUAACUUGCUCCUUUCUCUCCUUCCAAGCAGUGUUCUUUCAGUCCUUGAAAUUGUCGGUUUCUCGGGAGACAGAGAAAUCGGAUUGAAACUUCUUCGGGAUGGAGCUAAAAUCAAAGACGGUGUCCGUGAUCCCCUCUGCACCCUCAUUAUCCUCGUGUUCGACCUCUACGCCACGCAAAUGAUUGGUGGCGAUGAGGCUUCUGCCCUAGCGGAGGCUCGUCACAUGCUAGACGAGUGGUCUACUACGGCUUCUGGUAGUGCUAUAUACCUCUUUCUUGCCGGACGCUUGGAGCUCCUUUGUGCCAAUUUUGACCCUCUUGCUGGCAAACACGGCUGCCUAUGA